CGCGGCGCGCCCUCCCCGCCGCUGAGCGCAUCAGCCAGCCAGUCAUUGAGCGGCGGUCCACCAUCGUACGCGUGUUCAACUACGCUUCGAACACAAAUUACGGACAAAGUGACAUGCGCGUUUACUUGUCCUGAUUUCUAACUAAAAACAAACGAACCUAUUGGAUUACAGUGCUCGAACAAAGUGACAGUGUUGUGUUAUCACUAAUUUAUCAGGAUUUGUCGCUCGUAUUCCGCAUUUCGUACACCGCCAGUGCAGUGUUUAUGUUGGAAGCGCGGCACCGUACCCCGUACCCGCACCGUCCAAGAAGGGACGUCGCCCUCGAAAUUUUCUUAAAAAGAUGAAGCGAGGCGGGGUGUUAGUGGUGGCGAGGUGAGGCGGCAGUGUGGCUAGCAUGGACCACGCGGUGAAGGCGAUGUCGGCGCGCGGGCCGCUGGCGCGGCUGGUGGCGCGCCGGCGCUUCGAGUCCGCCGAGCUGGAGGAGCUGUACGCGCGCUACGCGUGCAAGCUGCAGCGCGGCUCGGUCGGCUCGGCGCUGGCGCUGUGGGCGGCGCUCGCGGCCGCGCUCGCCGCCGUCGACGCCACGCGCGGCUGGCGCCGUGCGCCGCAGGUGGGCGUGCUAAGCGCGCACGCGAUGCUGUGCGGCGGGCUGGCGUGGUGGUGCGGGCGCGCGGGCGGCACGGCGCCGGAGCGGCGGCUGCCGCGCGCGUGCUGGCUGGCGCUGGCGGGCGGCGGCGCGGCGCUGGGCGCCACGCUGCCGGCCUGGAGCCCGGGCGCCGCCGCCGAGGGCGCCGCGCACGUCGUGUGGGCCGUGUUCGCCGCGUACGCCCUGCUACCCGUCGGCGCGCCCGUCGCCGCGGCCUUCGGCAUCCUGUUGCCCACCGUCCAUACUGUCGCGGCGGCGCUCGUGGCUCAUCGCUUCCCAUACCAUAUCUGGCAACAGAUGGUGGGUAACGUUGUAGUCUUCGUGUGUGUCAACAUAGUGGGUGCUCUGAUGCAUUCGCUAAUGGAGACAGCGCAGCGGCGCGCGUUUCUCGACACCCGAAACUGCAUCGCGGCGCGACUCGACAUGGAGGACGAGAACGAGAAACUGGAACGAUUGCUGCUGUCAGUGCUGCCACAACACGUCGCCAUGGAAAUGAAGAACGACAUCAUAUCGCCGGUGGAGGGCCAGUUCCACAAGAUCUACAUACAAAAGCACGAGCAAGUCAGCAUACUGUUUGCGGACAUCGUGGGCUUCACGGUACUCGCAUCGCAGUGCAGCGCGCAGGAGCUCGUGCGGCUGCUCAACGAACUGUUCGGCCGGUUCGACCAGCUCGCCAGCGACAACCACUGCCUCCGCAUCAAGAUCCUGGGCGACUGCUACUACUGCGUGUCCGGGCUGCCCGAGCCGCGCUCCGACCACGCGCGCUGCACCGUCGAGAUGGGGCUCGAUAUGAUCGACGCUAUCGCAUCUGUAGUGGAAGCGACUGACGUACAGCUGAACAUGCGCGUGGGCAUCCACACGGGGCGCGUGCUGUGCGGCGUGCUGGGCUUGCGCAAGUGGCAGUACGACGUGUGGUCCAACGACGUCACGCUCGCCAACAACAUGGAGGCGGGCGGGGAGCCUGGACGAGUGCACGUAACACAAGCCACACUGGAGUGCUUAGGUGGUGCCUACGAAGUCGAACCCGACGGUGCCUCACGCAACGCCUACCUGCGCGACCACUCCAUACAAACCUACUUCAUCAUCCCACCGCCGAGGCGGAGAAAAAUGUGUCUGUCGUCGGGAGUAGGAUUGGGAUCGGCGUCACGACGCAAGCUUUCCUUCAAGAACGUCUCCAACGUCGUAGUACAGUUGCUACACUCCAUCAAGUUCAACGUGGACGUCCCCUUCUCAAACAUGGCCGCCUCGCCGCAAGAGCUCAAGGCCAACGCAGCUAGGAAGGUGCUGGACCUGCGGCGCGCGCUGCACGCGGAACCGGGCUCGGCGGAGGCGCUGCGGCUGGCGGCGAUGCGCGCGGAAGACGUGAGCGCGCGGGAGCCCGCGGACCCCUCGCACCAAACCUUCGACGCCGUCAUGCACCACGUCCGCUCCACGCACCCCACGAAUAAAGUGACGGAGAAGUUCAAGAGGCCGUUGAAAAAGCGUCACUCGUCUGUGUACCACCAGCCGAGCAACCGCGUCAACAAGUACCUGGCGCAGGCGAUCGACGCGCGCUCCGUGCACCGCGAGAAGGCCACGCACGUGCAUUUGCUUACGCUCUGCUUCAAAGACAGCGCUAAGGAAGGACAGUACCGUGCCUCAACGGACGGCGGGUGGGCGGGGUCUCUCGGCGCCGCCCUCGGUGCCGUGGCCGCCGCCGGCGCACUGCAGGCCGCCAUACUCCCCCGUACCACGAUACUCCUGCUCCUCUUCGUCACGGCCUUCGCUUGGUCGGCAGCUGUACUCGCCUUGACACUGGCAGCAAGACUAAGGCUUAUACCCUGUGAUGUCUCCCGUCCUUUUGCCUUGAGAAACGCUAUAACUACCUUCACGAUCGUACUGGGAUAUGCUGUAGGACAGGUUAAUGUGGUGACGUGUAGAGAAGUAGACGUGUGCCGAAACCUAACAGAAAAUGUAACUACCAUGGCGGACAUCCGAGCUACAUCCGGCGAUAUAGCCGCCGCGUUAUGGAGUAGCACCGACCACAGAGCCUGUCCCGUUCCUCUUUAUAUUACUCUAGGUUGCUGCCUCAGCAUGUUAGCCGUAGCGGUGUUCCUUCGACUGCCGAUCCUGAUCAAAGGCAUCCUCCUAGCGUUCAUGACCGCCGGGUACAUGGCCGUCAUCAUGGCAUACCAUAGGGACCUGUUCGACUGCUACGAUCUCAUGACUGAGCCAGGUAUAAUCGGGUCGGCAUACGUGGCGUGCGGCUGGACGCUCGCUCUCGCUCUAGCAGUAUUACUGCACGCGAGACAGACUGAGUGGACGGCGAGGCUAGAUUUCCUGUGGCAGGCCCAGGCCAGGGAUGAGAAGAGAGACAUGGAUGCCUUGCAAGCAUCAAAUAGAAGAAUAUUAUUUAAUCUCCUGCCAUCUCACGUGGCGACCCACUUCCUGGACAAUCAGUUCAGGACCAACAUGGACCUGUAUCACCAGUCGUACCAGCGCGUGGGGGUCGUCUUCGCGUCCAUCACCAACUACCACGAGUUCUACAUGGAGCUUGACGGGAACAACCAGGGUAUGGAGUGUCUGAGGCUGCUUAAUGAGAUCAUCGCGGACUUCGAUGAGCUACUAGGCGAAGACCGGUUCAGCGCUAUAGACAAAAUAAAAACAGUGGGAUCCACGUACAUGGCGGCCGUCGGACUUAUACCAGAGAAGAAGAUGUUGGACGAUGCCUCCACGCGCAAGCACAUGGCCACGCUGGUCGAGUUCGUGUUCGCUAUGCGCGACAAGCUGAAGGACAUUAAUGAUAAUUCGUACAACAACUUCAUGCUAAGAGUUGGUCUAAACGUGGGUCCGGUAGUCGCCGGAGUGAUCGGUGCUCGCAAACCCCAGUACGACAUCUGGGGCAACACCGUGAACGUGGCGUCGCGCAUGGACUCCACCGGCCUGCCCAACCACACCCAGGUCACCGAGGAGGUCUACCACUACCUCAAGGACCUGCCCUACCAGUUCGUCUGCCGGGGAAAGGUCAAAGUCAAAGGGAAGGGCGAGAUGACGACGUACUUCCUGACCGACCGAACCGCGUCCACCAACGGCACGAUCAACCACUCCAACGGUCAACCGCAAAACGGCCCGCCGACCGCCUACGGGGGCGUCGCGACGCCUCUAGCCAUGCUGCAGAACUCGGCGAGGAGAGCGGCCCAGCCGAACAGACUACCACCUUUAAGAGAAACUUCGGUCGCCGAAAACGAGCCUCUACUACCCGGCAACGGGCACCAAAGCAACGGGAACAACCACAAGGGUAGCAAGGGACGCAGAAACAAAGACUCGGAGGAGAGUCCUCCCCCGCCUCCUCCGCACGGCGUGUCGGCCAACCCUCGGUGGCCGCCGCCGCGCGCGCUCGUGCCGCCCUGGCCGCGGCCGCAGGAGCCGCGACCCCCGUGGCUCACAAGCGGAGACCACCGGCGCGGUUACCCAGACCUCGCUCGAGCGAGAGCCUGCCGCUGGCCAGGAGCCCGCGCGUGCACUCGUCGGCGGACGAGCUGAGCUCGCUCACGCGCUCGCCCAGCCUGAGCUCGUCGGACGAGAGCUACUCGCGCACCACGGACGCCUCGCCCUCUCCUCCUCGCCCCGUGCCCUGCCUGCCAGCCGCGCGCCGCGCCCGGCCCAGCCCCGCCUACGACUACCCGCCCGCGCGCGCCAAGCUGCCCGCCGACACCAUCGCCGAC